AUGCUGACAAUUGUGAUUCUUUGCAAAGGAAACUGCGGCCUUUCGAACUGUAUCUCUGUCUACAUGUUGGGCAUGGCAGUAGCAGAUUUGCUGAUCAUGAUCAACAACGUGAUGUUGUACCAUAUUAUCAGUUACAACUUCCCCCUUUCGGUCCUGGCACAUACUUCAAUAUGUAAGUUACUCCUGUAUAUAGCGCCUGUCACCAUCGAUUUGACCGUUUGGUUCACUGUUUCCUUCACAUUUGACAGAUGUGUAAUGAUCUGCUGGCAAAGGUUUAAGGCAAGGUACUGUAUCAAGAGAACCGCGGUUUUGGUUAUAACAAGCCUCUUUGUCAUGAUUAUGGUAAAGAACAUUCCCAUCCUAUUUGCAUAUGAACCUCAGCGAGUAAUUGAUAAGGUGCAGUGGGGAUGUCAGGCUCGCGCAGCAUUUUUCUCUUCACCUCCAGGGGCUGCAUUUGCCUGGUUUCAUGCUGCCUGGGUCGUCUGUCUUCCCUUUACAUUAAUCGCCUUGUUUAAUUCUGUGACAAUCAAACAUGUAGUGAUCGGCAGCAGAGCCCGGAGCAGUCUGCGAGGUUCCCGAGGUGAGAACCAUCGAGAUCCAGAGAUGGAGAACCGGAGGAAAUCCAUAAUUUUACUGUUCGCUGUAUCGGGCUGUUUCUUACUGCUGUGGCUGACCUCCUUCGUUAGUUUCGCAACAAUUGGACUCAUAAAUGGCAUUUACUACAACGGGGACCGCACAAACCCUGGGUACAUCGCCACGGAAAUGGGAACGAUGUUGAAGUAUUCAAGUUCCUGUCCCAACACGUUCAUUUAUUCGGCAACUCAGAAGAAGUUCAGGGAGGAGCUGAAGAAGGUGCUGGAAUCUCCGUGGGUGAUGAUUUUAAGAGUGAUUCAGUACGAAGGCAGUGCAAAAUAG